AUGAAACCAUUCAAUAGAAUCCCUGAAGGAGUGUCCAAAUACAUCAUUGAGUUCUACAUGCGCCACGCUGAUGUGCUCAUUAACAAUACCAAUGUGCGAACACUGGAAGCGAACACUAUGAGAGCAGUAGCGAUGAAAAGACUUAUUGCCGAUUUGGAAGAAUUCUUCGGAUUCCAUGUAACGGAAAAGAAAAUAAGAAAUCAUUUUGAUCAUGUGCGCGCAAAAAUUUUACUAAAAAGUGGUGCAAUAAAUUGUGUGGGUGCAAAGAGGAAGAGAUUUCUCCGGAAAAAUGCAGCACAUUUUUCCGUUGGCGAUUUGAAAUUUCCUAAACGGAUAUUUUUGACACCUGGCGAAGAACUGUUGAUGAAAUACUAUAAAGGACUGCCUAUGGAAGUUGAAGUUAAUAACGAUGAACCAGUGAGUUAG